GUCCCUGCAUCUGCAGUGGACCUUGUUGCGGCUGCUACGACUUCAACUGGUGUGGCUUUGGAGGCGGCUGUUGUGGUGGCAGUGGUGGUGGAUGCUGUGGUUUCAGAGGCGGUUGUGGAUGGAACUGCGGUGGUUUUGGAGGUCGUUGUUGCUAAUAGCCCUCUCCUCUGUCACAUUAACUUAUCAAUACAGCCUCCUUGCCUACUCCGUCUUCUUGUCCUUCCAUGAGAUUUUGCGGGCAAAUCAGUUAAUGCAAAUAACUUACGGCGAAAGUAGAGCAUUUGACAGUGAACGAAGAAGGUUUGUCACUAUGUUUCCACAGCCCACAAUGAUAAACUAA